AUGAGUGUACAGUCUGAGCUCGAUGAUCGCGUUCCAGAAGUCUAUAACAAAAUAAUAACAGCAGAGUAUAAAGCAUUACUUCAGAAGGCGCUACUGAGAGAAUGCACGAGAAUUUUACAAGAGAUACCGCCGGAGAGAGAGUAUCCUUAUUGGGACGUCUAUGUGGGUUUCAUGAUUGGCCCAAAAACUGCAUUGAAGAUUGCUGAAGAAUACAUCGACAGCGCGCUUGCAAGUUGCCACGCAACACAUCCUUCAUUACCUAUCGAUCCUUCACUCCCCGCGCACAUUGAGAACAAGUGCGGGUUUUUACGUACUGCUGUCGGGUUGUAUGCUAUUGUUGCGCAUGUUAAACAUCACGUGGGUGACUACGAAACAAGCAAUCACAGUUUACACCUAUUACAGACUCACUUUGCUCGCUCAGCGUUCACUCCCCGAACACAAUCUGAACUGCUUUAUGGUCGUGCUGGAUUGUUGUACGCUUUGAAAUAUACAGCACCUCUUUUUUCGAGUUUUUCGGAUAAUUUCAAAUUGCCGAGUAAUCCGGUUCCGAGUGCGGAAAGCUCGCAUCAUUCUCAUCGUAUUCUACGAAAUAAUGACAAACGCCCAACGACCGAAUACUCUUCAGACAAAAUCAACCAGAUAAUUUCUUCAAUCUUUGAUGCGAUAAUUGAAAACGGUUCACGCACCGCCUCUGACUCUGGUCUUUCCGCCAAAACUCCGCUCAUUUGGAAAUGGCACGAAACUUUCUACCUUGGCGCCGCACAUGGUGCUGCGGGAAUUCUAACCGUUCUGCUCUCGUUUCCUGACAAAGUUUGCGAAUACAGGGAUAUUAUCAAGAGAGCGAUAGAUUUUGUUCUGUUCGAGACAAGAGGAGAAAAUGGCAACUGGAUGAGUAGCUUAGAUAGAGGGAAAACUGAUUUGGUGCAAUUUUGCCAUGGAGCUCCCGGAAUUGCUUUUCUUGCUUGUAGGGCGUAUGAGGUGUUUAAAGAAGCUAGAUAUCUAGAAAUAGCCGCCGAAGCUGCCAUGUUUGUGCACGAUUAUGGAAUCCUUCGUAAAGGCGUUGGUCUUUGUCAUGGCGUAUCUGGAAACGCUUACGUUUUCCUCAUACUUUUCAAAAUCACCAACGAAAGAAAAUAUCUAGAAUGGACUGUUGAGUUUAUGGACGCGUGCUUACAAUGGGAACAGUUAACCAAGGAAGGACAAUUUCGCGUGCCGGAUCGUCCGUGGUCUGUUUGGGAAGGUUUGGGAGGGGCUGUCUGGUACGUGUUUUCUGUUUGGUGA